AGUUGUGUACGUUUAAUCAUUCACUCCGAUCGGACUUCCUUGUCAAUGGAGAUGCAAAAAAUGACCUCAAAGCAGGAAUUCCGUCCUGUUAACCAAGAUGACCGUGACGAUACUCAUGGCGACAGUACGAGACUGACAGGUGAGAGGGAGUCUAGCAUUGGUGUAUGUGGUCAUAUUCUUGUUGCAGUUUCAUGGAUAGUCUUUGUUUUAACACUACCUAUUUCAGUAUGGUUUUGUAUAAAGGUCGUACAAGAGUAUGAACGAGCUGUUAUAUUUCGUCUUGGGUGCCUUCUACAUGGCGGAGCAAAGGGGCCAGGUAUCUUCUUCAUACUACCCUGCAUUGAUGCAUACCAAAAAGUUGAUCUAAGAACAGUCACAUUUGAUGUCCCUCCUCAAGAGAUUCUUAGUAGAGACAGUGUUACCGUUGCCGUGGAUGCCGUGGUGUAUUACCGAAUCACAAACCCUACAAUAUCUAUCACUAAUGUGGAAGACGCUCAGCGUUCCACUCGUCUUUUGGCACAAACCACACUGCGCAAUGUUCUCGGUACGAAGACGUUACAGGAGUUACUGGCAGACCGUGAAAGCGUCAGUUUCCAGAUGCAAUCUGCUUUAGAUGAGGCGACAGAUUUAUGGGGUAUUAAAGUAGAACGUGUUGAAAUGAAAGAUGUUCGUUUACCUGUGCAGUUACAACGUGCCAUGGCCGCUGAAGCUGAAGCUUCCAGAGAAGCAAAGGCUAAGGUGAUAGCUGCUGAGGGAGAACGGAAUGCAUCGCGUGCAUUGAAAGAGGCCGCCGACGUGCUUUCCCAGGCCCCUAGUGCAUUACAGUUGCGCUACCUGCAAACCUUAAAUAUGAUAUCGGCCGAGAAGAAUUCCACAAUUGUGUUUCCGUUGCCAAUUGAUUUGUUGAACGGUUUCAUACAGAGAGAUGGAACGAAACUGUAA